UUAAGCAAAUUGAGUUGACGAUGGCAAUGGAAGUGAAGGAACAAACUGAAAUGCAGCAUGUUGUGUUCAUUCCGUACACCAUGAAUAGCCAUAUAACUCCAUUGGUACAUAUUGCUAGACUCUUCGCCCUCCAUGGCCUCAAGGUCACCAUCAUUACCACUCCAUAUAAUGCUCUCCUUUUUCAAUCCUCCGUCGAUAGAGACCGUCUCUUGUCCGGCAGCGACAUCACCGUCCGGACACUUCAAUUUCCGUCAGAAAAAGUGGGCUUACCUGUGGGAAUUGAAAGCUUCAUCGCAAGCCCUUCUAUGGAAAUAGUUGGAAAAGUUCACUAUGGGUUUUUGCUUCUCCAAAAGCCCAUGGAGAAACUAAUUCGGGAGCUCAAUCCAAAUUGCAUUGUUUCCGACAUGUUCUUCCCUUGGUCUGUCGAUUUGGCGGAAGAGCUGAAAAUUCCGAGAUUCGCUUUUCAACCUGCUACUUUCAUCCAUCAAUGUGCUUGGACUUUUAUAAAGGAAUAUACACCUUACAGGAAUGUGGCCGAUUCAGAGAGUUUCUUGAUCCCUGGUUUGCCCCUCGAGAUCAAAAUGAAAAGCUCGGAGAUUGAAGAUUUCCUUAAAGAGGAAACUGAAUACAGAAAGACAGUAGAUGAAGUCUUAGAAGCUGAGAUUCGUAGCCAUGGCAUUAUUCAUAACACUUGCUCUGAGCUGGAACCUGGUUUUGCCGAAAUCUACGAAAAAGCUAGAGGAGUCAAAGGCUGGCACAUAGGUCCCCUCGCUCUGUUUAUCAACAAACAUGAAUCAGAAAUUAGUUCAAAAGAAAUUUCCAACACCAAUAUUUGUUCUGACGCUUGGAAAGGCUACGGUGAUUGUUUCAAUUGGCUUGAAGAUCAAGCACCUAACUCUGUGCUCUUUGUUUGCUUUGGGAGCAUGAUAAGAUUUUCCGAUGAUCAGCUUAAGGAAAUGGCAAUCGGAUUGAAAGCUGCUAACUGCCACACCAUUUGGGUUUUUAGGGAGCAAGACAAAAAUCAAGAAGACGAGAAGCAUUGUUCUGACUGGUGCCCCAAUGAUUUCAAAGAAAUUAUUGGGGAAAAUAAUAAAAAGAUCUUUAUCAUCCAAGGUUGGGCGCCACAACAAUUAAUCCUGAAACAUCGAGCAAUUGGUGGAUUCUUAACUCAUUGUGGUUGGAACUCUAUACUUGAAUCUCUAGCAGUAGGUGUUCCAUUGAUCACAUGGCCUCUGUUCUCGGAUAACUUUUACAGCGACAAGCUUUUGGAGAAGCUUGACCUUGCUAUUGGAAUUGGAGCAGACGUGUGGAACUCAGGGUUCAUAUUGUCGUGUCCGCCGAUUUCGGGAGAGAAGAUAGAGUUAGCCGUCAAGCGUCUGAUGAAUAAUUCAGAGGAAAGUAGGAAAAUUCGAGAAAAUGCUAAGUUAAUGGCAAAGAAACUGAAGAUUGCCACUGAAGAAGGAGGUUCCUCUCAUUCACAGCUCAUCGGGUUGAUUGAGGAGAUCAAGCGAUGUGCUUCCAAGAACUCCUCUUGAAAUUUAUCUUUUAUUUAUCACUUGAAAUAAAUUUGGCAAAUGUUGCUGGCCAACAUGAAUGUAGUAGUAUUAUGUUAACAAUGUGUAUGUUUUUAAUUUUCUUUAA